GUUGUGGUUGGUGGCUUGCCGCUGCGGAGCUUUUUACUUUUAGGAGAAGGUCUGGUGUAUAGCGGAGUCUAGUUCCCUUGCUGCUCCUUGUAGAAUUGUUUUUGUGGGAGGAAGAGGGAUGGGAAGAACCGAUGCAGUGGAACCUCUGGAGUUACCAUGAUUUUGAGUUAAGACUCACCUGGGUUCGAACUUUAGGCUUCACCUGGCUAAGACACGCUAGGACGGCUAUUUUCCAGAUUUUUUCUGUUGGAAUACAAGUCCUCUUUCCUUAAGACAAAUAAGGCUACUGUGGAGCAGAGGGCAGUGUAAAUCCUUUUAUUCCUUAGACCUCACAAGCUACAGCACUGGCCUUAUCCACAGAACACUGUCAGUGUUCUGUCCUGUUAUCCAGUAGAGGUCACCCUUGAACAUCUGAAAGAGAGAACAGAUUGUUGAGCUGUGCAAGGUGUACAUCACAGUUAUUCAGCAUUUAUACCUACAGAAGUAAUCGCCAUCAUAAGUCCAACAACCAUCUGACACUGUACCACACUAUCACGAUAUUAUUGACUAUAUUCCCUAUGCUGUACAGAGAGACUUUUUUGAUGUUGAUCUUAAAAGCAGUGUCUCAAGCCCAGAGAUAUUAAGGUGUUCCAAAAGGUUGGGACUACUUGACCAUUAUGACACCACGAAACCUCUUCUGUCUGAGAAGUAACCUUCUCUUUGGUUCAAGAUAUUGGAUGAUCCAAUUCUCAACAGAAAGCCUCUUCAAAUCAGUUUCAUUUAGGCUUUUUGGUGUGAAGUGUGGUAAUGAAGACAGCGAACCUUUGGAGAAUGAGCUACUGAAAAACUUACUUACUAUGGGAGUAGAUGUUGACAUGGCAAAGAAACGACAGCCUGGAGUUUUUAAUAGGAUAGGUAUUAAUGAGCAGGACCUGAAGAUGUUUCUUCUGUCCAAAGGAGCUAGCAAAGAAGUAAUUGCUAGCAUAAUAUCAAGAUAUCCACGAGCCAUAACACGCACACCUGAAAAUCUUUCAAAACGGUGGGAUCUGUGGAGAAGAAUUAUGGCAUCAGACCUUGAAAUUGUAAAUAUUUUGGAACGUUCUCCUGAAUCCUUUUUUCGGUCCAAUAACAACCUAAAUCUAGAGAAUAAUAUAAAGUUUCUCUACUCAGUUGGAUUGACCCGUAAAUGCCUAUGUCGAUUGUUGACCAAUGCCCCACGUACCUUCUCCAAUAGUCUUCAUCUGAAUAAACAGAUGGUUGAACUUUUGCAAGAAGUCUGUUUGUCCUUAGGUCAUAGUGAUCCUAUAGAUUUUGUCAGGAAGAUAAUUUUUAAGAACCCUUUCAUCUUAAUUCAGAGCACCAAACGGAUAAAAGCUAACAUUAAGUUUUUACAGUCAACUUUUAACCUGAACAAUGAGGAGCUGCUUGGUCUGAUAUGUGGUCCAGGAGCUGAAAUCCUAGACCUUUCCAAUGACUAUGCCAAAAGAAACUACACAAAUAUCAAAGAGAAGCUGUUUUCUCUUGGGUGUACUGAAGAAGAGGUACGGAAGUUUGUCUUGAGCUAUCCAGAUGUGAUCUUUUUGGGAGAGAAAAAGUUUAAUGAUAAAAUAGACUGCCUCAUAGAAGAAAAAAUUAGCAUUUUACAAAUAAUUGAAACUCCUCGGAUUUUGGAUGCAAGCAUAAGUACUUUAAAAAGUCGAAUCAAAGAAUUGGUAAAUUUUGGUUAUGACUUGAGCACUUCAAAUAUCACUCUUCUAUCUUGGAGUCAAAAAAGAUAUAAAGCUAAAUUAAAAAAGUUAAACGUUGGUUAGAACAUUAUUCUGGGGAAUUAAAAAAAGUCAUUCUUAUAAUGUAAUGAUAUUUUAUUUUGAAUUUGGGCCUUUCAAAAAAGAAGUUUGAUUGCUUAACCACAUAUACAGAGGAUGCCAAAAAAAAUGUAUAUACAUUUUAAGAAAGGAAAAAACUAUUACAAUUGUAAUAAUAUAUAC